UAAUUAUACAAUAAGUGUUAAAUUGUACACAAUAUAACAUAACUUUUAUGAAAAUAAAUUCUCACUAAUGUAUUAGUAUGUGGUUGUGAUUUAAGGUAUGCUCUUAUGGUAUGAUGCACUGUAAUCUUGUUAUCAAAAACUAUAUAGAACCAAUCACAAGGCAGUAGAUUUAAGUGGAUUUAAUAUCUUUUCCUUUCAUUAUUCUGUAAAUUACUGUAGUUACAUUUAGCGUAUACAGUCUAUUGGAUUUGUAUUACUUUUAAUGAAAAAUAAUUAACAUUAACUUAUUUGGUUAAGACAAGAUUACAUAUACAAAUUACUAUGGGCGAAGACAAAGAUCGUGACGGAGAUAGAGGACGUGACAAACGUCGACGAUCAAGGGAUAGAGACCGUCGUGAACGAAGAAGACAUCGUUCAAGAAGCCGUGAUGAACGUAAACGUAGUCGAUCCAAGUCACCUAAAAUUAAAUCAAGACGUAGAAAGCCAUCAUUGUAUUGGGAUGUUCCUCCACCAGGAUUUGAACACAUUGCUCCUCUUCAGUAUAAAGCUAUGCAAGCUGCUGGACAAAUACCAGCUAACACUAUGCCGGAUAUUCCUCAAACAGCUGUACCUGUUGUUGGGUCUACAAUUACUAGACAAGCUAGACGAUUAUAUGUUGGAAAUAUACCAUUUGGAGUAACUGAGGAUGAAAUGAUGGAAUUCUUUAAUCAACAAAUGCAUUUGUCAGGAUUAGCACAAGCUGCGGGUAAUCCCGUACUUGCUUGUCAAAUUAAUUUAGAUAAGAACUUUGCAUUCUUAGAGUUUAGAUCUAUUGAUGAAACAACACAAGCAAUGGCCUUUGAUGGAAUUAAUUUUAGAGGCCAAACAUUAAAAAUUCGUCGUCCACAUGAUUACCAACCUACACCAGGAAUGACUGAGAGUAACCCUGUCACCAAUUACAGUUCAGGAAUGACUUUAGAUAUGAUGAAAUAUGAUUCAAGUUCGUUUGGAAUUGGUACAGUCCCAGAUUCUCCUCAUAAAAUAUUUAUUGGUGGUCUUCCUGCAUAUCUGAAUGAUGAUCAGGUAAAAGAACUUUUGACAUCAUUUGGUCAAUUGAAAGCAUUUAAUUUAGUUAAGGAUGCUGCCACGGGACUGAGUAAAGGAUAUGCAUUUUGUGAAUAUGCAGAUGUUAUAAUGACUGACCAGGCAAUUGCUGGUCUUAAUGGUAUGCAAUUAGGAGAAAAAAAAUUAAUAGUACAAAGAGCUAGUAUUGGGGCAAAAAACCCUGGUCUUGCUCAUGUUCCUGUUACAAUACAAGUUCCGGGACUGACUGUUGUUGGAACUGCUGGACCUCCUACAGAAGUUUUGUGUUUAUUAAAUAUGGUAACACCUGAAGAAUUGAAAGAUGAAGAAGAAUAUGAUGAUAUUCUUGAAGAUAUUCGUGAAGAAUGUAAUAAAUAUGGUGUAGUGCGAUCAUUAGAAAUUCCGCGGCCCAUUGAAGGAAUUGAUGUCCCUGGUUGUGGAAAAGUAUUUAUUGAGUUUAAUGCUGUUACUGAUUGUCAAAAAGCUCAACAAGCAUUGGCUGGUCGAAAGUUCAACAAUAGAGUUGUAGUUACAUCAUUUAUGGACCCAGACAAAUAUCAUAGAAGAGAAUUUUAGUAGCUUUUUAGUAAUAACUUUUUACUUAUUGAAUAAAAUUUCUUAGAUAGCAUAAUUUAAAAAAAUUAUUUUUAGUUUUAAAAAAUUAUUAUUUUAUUACAAUAUUAAAAUCAAUUCUUGUAUGAAGUUAAAUACAUCUCUAUAAUUUCUAGGAAGUAAAGAGUUAAUGUGUUACGUUGUAUAAAAACAUUGUACACGUAUGAAAACAUAUGUUUUAACAUUUAAUUAUUGGUCUUUUAUUUCAGCAUUCAUUUUAUGUAUAUGAUAUAACGAAUCAAAAAAUAAUUUUUUUAUAUUUAGAAAAUCACAUAUAAAGAAAUGUAAGAAACAAUUUUAACAAUAUUAAAAAUAAAAAAUCCAUUAAUUGAAAAU